AGAGGCCUCGGUGUACUCAGGAGUUUGUACAGAGAUCUUCAAAAGAGAGUGAAUACAAAGGUUCUGAAGGACUUCCUGAAGAAUAAUCAAAUGGACACAAUUCUGAAGUCUUAUUUUGAGAUGAUUUCCACGUUGUUUGGAAUUCACACGACAUCCCUGAGUUUCUUUCUGAUGAAAGUCCUGGAGAAAUCCCUCCUCAGUGAAAAUGGCCACCUGGACCUGUUUGUUCGCUUCCUUCAUGGCCUCUCUCUGGAGUCCAACCAGAGACUCUUAGGAGGUCUGCUGGGACAGACAAAGAUCCGUCCAGAAGCCAUCCAGAGAGUCAUAAAGAACCUGAAGGAGAUGAACAUAACUUCAGUCUCUCCUGACAGAAGCAUCAACAUCUUCCAGUGUCUGAUGGAGAUGAAGGAGCUCUCAGUUCAUCAGGACAUCCAAGAGUUCCUGAAGUCAGAGAACAGAUCAGAGAAGAAGCUCUCAGAGAUCCACUGCUCAGCUCUGGCCCACAUGCUGCAGAUGUCAGAGGAGGUUCUGGAUGAGUUGGACCUGAAGAAGUACAAAACAUCAGAGAAGGGACGAUGGAGGCUGAUCCCAGCUGUGAGGAACUGCAGAAAGGCUCAACUCUCUGCCUGUGGACUCUCAGAGAUUCACUGUGAAGUUGUGGCCUCAGCUCUGAAGUCCAACCCCUCCCAUCUGACAGAACUGGACCUGAGUGACAACAACCUGCAGGAUUCAGGUGUGAAGAUUCUGUCUGUUGGACUGCAGAGUCCAAACUGUARACUGGAGAAGCUGAGGUGA